AUGUCGCAGGCAUACGAGCGCGAGCAACAGAAUGACUCCAGACUAGAUGAGCUUGCUAGCAAGGUCUCAGCGUUACGUGGCGUAACAAUAGACAUAUAUGACAAUGCGCGAGACCACCAUAUCAUCGACAGUACUAGCGAAACAUUCUCCACCUUCGGUACGACCUUGAAAGGCAGCGCAUCCCGCCUCACACGAAUGGCACAAGCAGGCAACAAGGUCGCCAUAUUGAAACUUGCGGGCAUAAUAAUAGCGACCGUGGUGGUGUUGUACUGGAUAUGGCACCUUAUUUUCUAA